GACGUGAACUUCUUCGGGAGCAUCUCCAAGAAGUUCUGUUCCUGGAAGGACGUCCGGAGAGCUCUGCUGACGGAGGGGCAUCCGACUCUCCGACUCACCACGGUCGAGCGGAUCUUCAUGACUUUGGAUGACGAUCGCAGCUGCAGGUUGGCGCAGGUCUGGUUCUGGUUCAUUCUGCUGGUCACGGUGGCGAACCUCGUCCGUAUGGUGAAGCCGCAUUAUGUGCAGGGAAUCUGCGACAUGGCGGACCUGGGCGACUGUACAAACUCCUUCCAGGUGAUGUGUCUCCUGGUCUUCAGCGUCGAUUACCUUGUCCGACUGGCUUGUGCCCCCUUUGUCAGACUCGAGCUCCUGAGUCCGCAAAUGGAGUACUUCAACCUCGACGACUUCGGCAGGCGACCCUUCACCCGAAAGAGCCGCGUCAUGGAGUUCGUGAAAAAGUCGGACAACCUCGUGGACCUUGUGGCAAUCAUGCCCUACUGGCUCAAUAUCCUCGUGGGCCAGUUCUUGCCGUCCUCGUCCUUCUUGCGGAUCAUCCGGUUAGCCAGGCUCUUCCGCAUCGCCAAGUCGGCUCGAUACCUGGACAUGCUGCAGGUCCUCGCAAUGACCUUGUGGAAGAGCACCGGCAUGGUGGCCAUCCUCUUCGUGCUGAUUCAGCUCGUUGCUCUCAUAGCCGGUUGCCUGCUCCAGGAGUUCGAAGAGAACGACGGAGAGAUGGCUUUUGAUUCGGUGCUCAGUGCCUGGUACUGGAUUUUCUGCCGGCUCAUUGCGAUGAAAGACACUCCGUACCACAAGGGCAAGGUGACGACGGAUGGUGGCAUUGCCAUCCUUGCCAUCACACUCACCCUCAAGGGCGUCUUGUGGAUAGUUCCCAUCGCUCGCAUCAAGCAGAUCUUCGAAUCGGAGUACAGCGCUGUUGUCAAAGGGAGCAACUUGGAGAAGAAGGUGGUGAGCGAUCUUCUUGGUCAGCUCAGCGACUCCGACAAGGACCAUUUGGUGUCUGCCGCGCAUGGGAGUACCAACGCUCGGCUGGAGGUCAUUUUGGAGGCCGGCCGUGUACAGGCGAACGUUCCUUUGCCCAUCCACCACACCGAGAUCAAGGAUAUCCCAGAGUUCGUGGUCGAAACAUCCUCGGAGCAGUUGGCGGACGUGAGCGUGAAGGUGUCCAUGCGCUGGGAGCCGGACCAGUCGAUGACAGACCACGACGAAGCCUUGCCCUUCGGGAAGCUCGCUUUGUCCGUGGUCUCCGUGGAUCCUCCGGCUCCCAUCAGGGAGGUGAAUUGGGAGGUUCCUUGCGAUUUCUUCCGUCCAGAGCGAAAGACAGUGAGUUGGACGGCGAGCUCGCACGCCUUGUGCAAGUUUGCCGUCAGCUGGAUGGGGAGGUACGUGGAGGACAAGCAGGCAAAAAAGAAGGACCAGGAUGACGACGAGCACGGGACCUUGGAGUAUGGAGAGUUCCAGGCGAAGGUCCUGUUCCUUCUCAACCAACAGAGCAUCACGCUACAGCGCCAGCGGAAGAAGCUCGAGAAGCAGCGCAAACACCUGGAGGGGCUUGAUGUGAACUCGGGAAGUGGAUGA